CCACGCCUCCAUCACGCCACGCUCAGUCACACACACCCACCACUCUCCUACUUGUCCACCUCUCUCUCGCUCGCGAGCUCUCCGCGCUCCGGGUCAACUCUGCGUGCGAGAGGGAUCGGCCGGGGAUCGAUUGACUGUAUCGGUCGGUUGAUCGGUGUCCCUUGCCAUGGCGCUCGACGCGGCCGUCGACGUGUCCAGCAAGCCGCCGGUGCCGCCGCCGUCGCCGCCGCGGAUGGACUCGUGGGCGCGCGGGGGGAGGCGGUCCAAGCGCCGCGCCGGGAGCCCCAGCGGCAGCGGCGGAGGAGGGGGAGGAGGAGCCGAGCAGUCCGAGGAGGAGUACCUCGCGCUCUGCCUCCUCAUGCUCUCGCGCGGCGUCCGCGGCGACGCCGAGGACGGCGGCGGCGGGGUCGUCGUCGCCUCCAACUCCAAGAGCGCCGGCGCGGCUGCUACGACGGCGGCGAGGGCGAGCCAGGGGUACGAGUGCUCCGUGUGCGGCAAGGUGUACCCGUCGUACCAGGCGCUCGGUGGGCACAAGACGAGCCACCGGAAGCCGCCGCCGACGCCACCAGCAGCCCCGACGCCGCAGGCGGCGGCGGCGGCGGCGGCGGCCCCGGCGGGCGACGAGCCGGCGCCCGGCGACGGCGGUGGCGCGCACGCGGAGGAGAAGGUGCACCAGUGCUCGCUCUGCCUCCGCACGUUCCCGUCGGGGCAAGCGCUGGGUGGGCACAAGCGGCUGCACUACGAGGGCGGCGCGGCGGGGGCGGACGGGGUCAAGGCCGACAAGGACGCCGCCAAGACCAAGGCCACCGCAGCCCAGCAGGCGACUUCCGUGCUCAGGGACUUCGACCUCAACCUGCCUGCCGCAGCCGCAGCCGCCACGGCGGCCACGGUGGAUGAGGCCGAGAGCGCGCUUCCGGAGGCCAAGCGGGCACGGAUGACGACGAUGCUACUAGUCGUCUGAUCGAUCAACUUCUUUGGAGGCGGCGGCGGCGGCGGGGAUUUGCCGGCCUAGGUUUUUGCUGGUUUCAUUAGGAGUCAUUUGAUAGGUUUCGCUGGUUAUUUGGUUGGUUGAUUGCUUGAUUAAUUCCGGUUGCGUGACGCGGACUGCGCUUGAUCAAUCGUUGUGAAUGUGAUAAGCACGGAUCCGUCGUCCGGUGGUCGACUCCUCUCAGAGGGAGCUGAUUUUCGUGGCUCCAUCCGGUCCCUUUUACCCAUUCAUCCUGUCCAUAUUUUGCGACUCUAGCCGCCUGAUUAACAAUCCGACGGCCGGGAGCUACAGCACUUACUUGUAAAGACCUCGUGGUCAAAUUCUAUGCAUACACAAGGAAAACUUUUCAUUGCCUUUUUAAAUUCCGUGGUAUUAGCUAGGGGUGUGAAAGUGAUCAGACAUUGAUGGUAGCGUCUACACUCAUCACAUCUAUAGAUCAUAGCUACUAGGAUCAUGUUAUAUGCCAAUAAAUUAAUUUGAUGAUUUUUGAUC